AGCAGAAACAAAUAGGUGGCGUUUCUCUGUUGAAGUACAGUUUAUUCCUCCAACCGCAAGAGUACGAGUCACUCUGAGCGAUAAAUACAAGACCGGAUACUUUUCUCACGAUAUUUGUAGAGGCAUAGAAAGAUGGGGAAACACAACAGCAAGCUUGCUCCUGAGGUGCUAGAUGACCUGACCAAGAGCACAGAGUUCAAUGAGGCAGAGCUGAAGCAGUGGUAUAAGGGAUUCCUGAAGGACUGCCCAUCUGGCAUCCUCAAUCUGGAAGAGUUCCAGCAACUCUAUGUAAAGUUCUUUCCUUAUGGCGACGCUUCCAAAUUCGCCCAACAUGCCUUCCGAACAUUUGACAAGAAUGGCGAUGGUACAAUUGACUUCAGGGAGUUCAUCUGUGCCCUGUCCAUCACUUCUAGGGGAAGUUUUGAGCAAAAACUCAACUGGGCCUUCAACAUGUACGACCUGGAUGGAGAUGGCAAGAUCACGCGUAUGGAGAUGCUGGAGAUCAUUGAGGCAAUCUACAAGAUGGUUGGCACAGUGAUCAUGAUGCGUAUGAAUGAGGAUGGGCUGACCCCACAGCAGCGUGUGGAUAAAAUCUUCAGCAAGAUGGACAAGGACCACAAUGAUGAAAUCACGCUGGAGGAGUUCAAAGAGGCGGCCAAGAGUGACCCAUCCAUUGUGCUUUUACUGCAGUGUGAUAUGCAGAAGUAAGAAAGGAGAGAAAGAGAGCAAGUGGGGUUGGGGGUGUUUAGGAAGGGGAGUUGAACCAUGUACAGACUUCUAGAGAGAUUUAGGUAAUAGGUGAUGAGAGAAAUGUACAUAACGUUGAUUAUAAGUUAGAAUCCAUGAAUUUGGGGAACAUGGUCUUGAAGGGUAGGAUAGAAAUGGCCAAGUAGCUAAAGGAAUUUGGAAUAAUUAGUGCAAGUAAGUCAAGCAAGACAUUCACUCACUGCAAGAGAUUUUUUUUAUCCUGUGUCAUCGGGCAAACCGUUUCACUUGUUAUACCAUUCUGGAUGCGCUCCAGUUCUAGAGAGAGUCAAGUUAAAAAGUCAGAAAGUUUGAAAGAGGGAAUCCUACUGGACCUUCCCACCUCAAAAAGGGCUUUGGCCUCUCAGUCCAGCUUUGAAAUAUUCGGCAAUGUGACCAACAGACAGGCAGGAAGGCAUCUAUCCCUCUUUUAGGAUUUCCACCAUAACUUCUCAAUUCAAAACAAUUUAGUUCUUUAUUCAAGGUUGUUUUAUGAACACUAAAUGAAUACAAUAUUCAGAAUUUUAGCUGUUUCCUGUUGAAAGACCAGAUAGCACUAGCAUGAAUUUCCAUGUUGGUCCAGACUUGUGUAUUAAUGCUCAUCAUUUGGUGCUGGUUAAAAUUGCUGGUCAAAAUUGCUGGUCAAACAGUAUGAUCUUUCUAGUGAUAUUUCUGGUUGACCAAGGAAGUCUUGCUUGUUAAGCUAGUUAAGAAACUUAUUGGGGACAUAAGCGCACCAGCAUCCCAUUCUGGGGACCAGCAGGGCACUAAUUUGGUCAUACAAAAGGCAAAAGAUUUUAGCAUUUUUAGGCCUCAUCACUGUAUAAGUAAAUGGAAUUAUAAAUAAAAAUUAAUAUAUAGGGGAGACUGGGGCUAAUUGCCACACUUUUUACUCCACUGAAUAUUUCUCAGGGUGGGUUUAUUUUUUAAAUAACAUUUCUGCAUAUCUACAUGCCCUAUAGUUUUGGCAAAAAAAUAAAAAAAAAUACCUUUUGUUACAACAUGCCCAAAUAGUGUUCCCCUGUUAAAUGGUUAGUCACACAAAAAUGAAAAUCCUCUCAUGAUUUAGUUACCCUUAAGCCAUCCCAGAUGUUUAUGACUUUC